AUCUCGAUUGUUAAAAUGAAGAUUGUUUAUUUUAUCUUCUUCAUUGUUUUUGGAGUUUUUGCCGACAAUAAGUAUUACGAUAGUCGGUACGAUUAUUACGACAUAGACCACUUUGUGCAAAAUCCCCGCCUGUUGAAAAAGUACAUAGAUUGUUUUUUGGAUAAAGGGCCGUGCACACCGAUCGGAAGAGUUUUUAAGCUUGUUCUACCAGAAAUAGUUAUAACUGCUUGUAAUAAAUGCUCACCGUCCCAAAAAAGAUUUGCUCACAGGACAUUUGAAGCUUUCCGAAAUAUAUCGCCACAGAACUACGCCGAGCUGAAGAGAAAACUUGAUCCUCAAAAUAAACAUUUCAACACAUUCCUAAAGUCCAUAGCAACAAAUAGCUACAAAGGUGGUGGUUUAAUGUUCGACAAUAUAAAAGCACUGUCGCUUUCUGCGGCAGCUAGUUCUUUGGGUUGUAUUGAGAGUAAAAGAAUAAUUAAAAUGAGGACCUUUGUUGUAUUGGCUUGCCUGGUCGUGUCAAUUUUGGCCGCCGAAAAAUAUAAUUCAAAAUACGACAACUUUGACGUCGAGACAUUGGUGUCCAACGACAGAUUACUUAAAUCAUACAUCAACUGCUUCUUGGAAAAAGGAAAAUGUACAGCAGAAGGCACUGACUUUAAAAAGGCCUUACCUGAAGCUGUGGAAACUGUUUGCGGUAAAUGCACAGAUAAACAAAAGGUCAACAUAAGGAAAGUUAUUAAAGCCAUUCAACAAAAGCAUCCUGCACAAUGGGAAGAACUCGUCAAGAAAAAUGACCCAACCGGACAACAUCGUGCAAACUUUGAAAAGUUUAUACAAGAGAGUUAAACAAAAGGAUCACAAUAAUUUAUACAUUAGUUUUUAAUAGGUUUAAGGUUUAAAGAGAUUGUUGCCAACGUAAAAAGGUAUAAGAUAUGACAAAGUUUCUGUGAUAUCUGUGGAAUAUCAUCUUCGGAUUAAUUUUAAUGCGGAUGUAAAAGUGUUAUUUAUUUUUUAUAUUGGUGUUGACUGAUUAAAUAAAAAUACAUUUUAUACGA